GGUCAAACCGUUAUCUCGAAGUCGUCUCUGUAGAACUGAUGGAGCCACCUGAAGAUUUGAAGGAUGAUUUCGCCAAAGAGCUUUAUGGAGAAAGUGUACAGCUUUCGAAACAUGGUAAUAAUGAUCAUGUUCUUGAGAAUUUAGAUGAUCCCUUUUACGGAAGUUCAGAUGAAGAUUAUAGUGAAACUCGCGUGUUGGCCAAUGAGAAUAAGUUGAGACGUGUGAAAUUUGAAUCGGCUGGAUACCGUGAUGGGAUUGUUGCCGGGAAAGAAGCUAUUGCGCAGGAAGGUUAUAACUUUGGCUAUAAGGAAUCUGUUCUUGAUGGUUACAAGUUUGGUAUUGUUAGAGGUGUUUCCAGUGCGCUGGCUUUCCUCCCGGAUGAGCUUAGAGAAAAGCUAAUCGAUGAACAAGAAACUAGAGAGAGGUUUCAGAAAUUACACAGUUCUGUGCAUGCUCUCUCAACGGAAGUAGCAAUGAAGCGGUUCUAUGAAACUUUGACUACAAAGCAAGGGGAAGAGAAGAGUGGAGAAGAAGGGCUCGUCUCUGGUUCUGUUUCUGGUUCGGGUGUUAAUGCCACAACGGACUUGGGAAGCUAUGUUACUGAGCUAAGCUCUCUUCUUGAAAAAUCUCCUAAGAUUGAAGUUAAAUUGGACACAUAGAGGAGACUUGUUCUCUAAUGGUUAUUGCCAAGCAAAAGCAAGAUUAUUAGUGUCUAGUUUCCAUACCAAACUUUUGUAAGCGUGGUUCUGUUUGGUUCAUUGUUGUUCAGUUUGGUUAGGUCUAGAAAUUAUUGCUUGCCUUGACAUGAAUUAUCUGUAAAUUCGACCCAAAUCUCACUUGUUAUACAAUUUUUAUUUUGCUUAUAAAGAUUUCUUUUGGGA